AUGGCCAGCAACGGACAGGUACCGCAGCUGACCGGGUGGACCGGCUCGCCCAUCCUCGUCGGAGUGAUUGGCGGCUCGGGACUGUACAAGCUGGACAACAUCCAGGUCGUCGCCGAGGUCUCUGUCUCCACCCCCUGGGGUGCGCCGUCGUCGCCCGUCACGAUCGCCGCGCUGCCGUCGGGCGUGCACGUCGCCUUCCUCGCCCGGCACGGACGCACGCACAGCAUCACGCCGAGCGCCGUGCCGGCGCUGGCCAACAUUGCGGCGCUCAAGCACCUCGGCGUGCGCGCCAUCCUCGCCUUUUCGGCCGUCGGCUCGCUGCGCGAAGAGAUCCGGCCCAAGGACUUUGUCAUCCCGUCGCAGAUCAUCGACCGCACAAAGGGCGUGCGGCGCGCCACGUUCUUUGGCGAGGGAAACGAGACGGGCGUCGUGGCGCACGCUGGCUUCGGCGACCCGUUUAGCGAGGAGCUGAGGGGUACCGUCGAGGACAUCGUCCGCGAGACGCUGAGCCAGACCAACCCCUCGGUGCAGGUGCACGGCAACAAGACGGUCGUGUGCAUGGAGGGCCCGCAGUUCUCUACGCGCGCCGAGUCCCUCAUGUACCGCGCCUGGGGCGGCGACAUCAUCAACAUGUCGGUGCUGCCCGAGUCCAAGCUGGCGCGCGAGGCCGAGAUCGCCUACGUCCUCAUCGCCACCGCGACCGACUACGACGCCUGGCGCCCCGCCUCGGCCGCCGUCAACGUCGCCGAGGUCCUCGAGAGCCUCAAGGCCAACGUCGCCGCGUCCCAGCACGUCACCCUCGCCCUCCUCGACCGCAUCAACGCCCUCGUCUGCGACGACUCCAGCCCCGCCGUCGCCAACAUCAAGGAUUCCAUGAGGAUGGCCAUCAUGACCCGCCCCGAGUUCAUCCCCGACAUCGCAAAGGAGAACCUUCGCUUCCUCCACCCUUGGUUCGCUCGCGAGUAG